AUGGCCACGAGCGCUAUCGGCGCCGAGAUGCGUGGUACGACGGCUUCGAGCGCGCGGCGACUGCUGCAACAAGCAGAGACCAACGACGCCGACGCUGAUUCUCAAGCGCGCAUCGAUCGCAUCAAUUGGCUCGGUCGCGCUGUGGUAGAAAAUGGCGCGUUCCAGUUUUGGACCAAGAACGCCUCUGGGUACUACACCGCCGUCAACGACUACUAUGUCAAAUCUUUCGAGCUCGAAUCCGACGCCGACGUCGUCGGCAAGACGGACGUCCAACUGAUCGUGCUUGUCGCCGGCGAUCGCACGAUCGAGGACUUUGAAGACGCCAAACCCGAUGAAACACUCGACUCCAUCGCUUCUGCGUACCGCGAACACGAUAUGAUGGUACAGGAAACCGGAAAAGCGACUCGAUUCAACGAGCGCGUGAUCGCGGACGACCGCGUGUACGACGUCGUCGCCAUCAAAGCUCCAUUCGAAGGCGGGACGGUCGGGAUCGCUAUCCCGCGCAACGCCGAUGACGACAUCAACGUCGUCGUCACGAGCGAAUCCGACGACGACGAAUCCGACGACGACGAAUCCGACGACGACGAAUCCGACGACGACGACUAG